UUACGACUGCUGUACAGUACUUAUCAUCGAAUUUUAUUUAAACGCUGCUUGUCAUUUCCAGAAAUUUUUUUUAUCUGAUAGCCUUUAAAUCUUCCAUUUAUGAUAAUUUAACAGUAUCCUUAAGCAUUGCGAAAUAUCAAAGUCGCAAAUAUGUAACGCUGGGUCAGUAAAGAAUCUAAAUCUCCUGAGUUGUCAGAGCGCGUGCUAGCGACACUGUCACCAUGCCUUGGAACUUUCCUUGGUUGGAGUCCGUAAAAAAGCGUGCUUGUCGAUAUCUCCUGCAACGCUACCUUGGACAAUUUCUCAAGGAAAAAGUUGAUCUCGACCAGUUAUCUGUGUCAUUGUUUAAUGGUACAGGUGUUGUUAAUGGACUUGUUUUGGAUUCAGAACUGAUAAAUGAAUCCUUCGAAUCCGUCAAUCUCCCCUUUGAAAUCGUGGAUGGAUACAUUGGGUGCGUUUCUGUGGACAUUCCGUGGUCAGCGCUCCUAUCCGACAACACGCGUGUGGAAAUCAAAGGACUCGAGAUCACUCUCAGACCGAAGCGCGUAUUCGAGAAAUCGGUGAUGCUGGACUCGAUGUGGGGCAGUAUGACGAAAUCGAGUAUGCAGCUAGCAGAAGAAUGCCUCCGAGAGGAUGAACGAGCGAGGAAAGCCCAGGCAAAUCAAUUAGAAGGGCUGGAGAAAUUUGCUCAGGCGAUUGAUAUUGUGCUUACCCGGAUAAAGGUUAACUUCAGCGACAUUGUUGUCCGGCUUGAACAGGAGCAAGAUGGAUUCAAGACUCGAGCGAUUGCAUUGGAAGUUCGUAUUAAAAACGUUAAAUAUUUCGAUCAAGCCGCCACAGAAUCUAAAGACGAUGACGAAACUGUCAACUACCAACCGGCAGCCGUUGCAAAAAAGUGUUUUAUUGUGGAAGGAGUGGAUUUGUUUUCUGAUGAAUACACUUAUCCCUUUGGCACCACCGAAUCUACUUCCAUGUUUCCAUCUUCUCAUGAAAUUCUGGAGAAUUCCGAGAUGUUUUACUCCGCCAGAGAUUUGGGUACAGUCACCCGUCAGCCAGAUAUGGAACAGCAAAAUCAAACACCUAAACAAACCAGCCAAAAUUUAGUCCAAAUUGCGGCGUGCCAUGAAAUGAUAGAUAUCCAACUGGAAGUGAAACAGACCGACGGGGUUAACGUUCCUAAGUUCAAAAUGAGUGGACAUGUUGGGGUUAUCCAUGCGAUUGUAUGGCCUAAGCAGUUGGAAAUGUUGAAGAAUCUCUUCCGUGAUAUGUUCCCUGGAAGCAUUGAAGAUCAUGGCCGAAAUAGAUUGGAACUGCAGAAACCCAUGACGACUUCCGAUUAUUCAAAGAUAGAAAGCGAGUUGCAGCGAGAUAUCGACGCUCGCCAGCAUCUGACUCAAGGUGGCAACAAUAUAGAACUGGCCACGUGGAAUACCGAUAGAACAUUGCGAGAAGACGAAGAAUUUUUUUCCUUUGACUCAAGGAGACUUUCAAAUGAUGAUGGCAUUCAUCGCCGACAACCGGGAAAAUCUGUUACCGUUGAUUCUUCCUUUUCGGAAAGGCAGCUGACUACCAUCAACGCCGCAAAUAUUCGAAUCCGGGCCUUAAUUUUGACAGUUGUGCAGGAAGACCCCGAGGGCGCUCGAUCGUGUCCCAGUUUUCCAUUCUCAGAACUGCAAAAGACUGCAAGAGACUAUUUUUCUGCCACAUCGGAUGUAUGCAACUGGGAUUUCCAGGACACACUCUUGCUUCGACAUAGAUUCUCUAGAACCAUUCCACAUGGACAUUUAUGGAUAAGCGCGUCUACGCUGUUAAUAGAGUGCUCAGAAAAGCGCUCGACAUCAGCCAUUGUGCAGUCAUUGAAAUGCUCAUUUGGUGGAUUUGAAGCAUGGGAGCACUUGUUUAAAUCGGAUGAUGUAGAGCCCGAGCGUCAUCAGGAGAAUUUGUAUCAUUUAAAAACAGUGCCGCUGUGCACAGAGAUUCUUUCGUUUCCAAAUCGUAAUUCCGAAGACAGAUAUUCGUUUACAAGCUGUAUCACUAUUGAACUGGAGUCAACUGAAAAGGUUGGCGGGGCUACCUCUAAAACAUCCAGUCAAAAAAACAGCGAACUGAAGAUCGCUUUACAACCAGCCAAAACUGAUCUGGAUAUUACAAUUAUUGACCGACUAGUCGAACUCUUUGCUGCCCUAAGUUUGCCCGACUCGGGUCAUGAUCUACCGGAAAACCCUUGGUCUGCUGGACAUCCCGUGCGGAGGGUGAAAAGCGAUGGAUUGCAGAUGAAUGUUUCCCUUAGCUGUGUCGAACUGACUGUUCACAUAAGAUUUCCGGUCUUGGAUUUGCGGCCCGCACGGGACAGGUUUCCUACCUGGAAACGAGCGCUACACAAGGAGAAGUUGAUUGUGAUCUUUUCAGAACUGGCAUUUACCACAGCUCUGGGCGACGAGCUUGUGACAAAACUCGAUUUUAAUUGCCGAAGUUUAUCAGCUGGUUUUCAAAGUUCUGCGAACGAAAAACCGAUCAUGUUCCUCGAAGCAGAAAUGGAUGUGGAUUACUCCAUUGAUGAAAAGAGGAGGAAUGAGUUUGCAAAUCGCUUAAAGUUGGGCAUAAUUUUGCGGAAGUUUCCUCGAAAUGUCGUAUCAGCAGACAUUUUGGUUGAUCAUGAUUACGAUGGUAAUGCAAAAGCCGGAUCACUGGAAGAUAUCUGCGAAACCACAGAAAAAGAGCCUUCAUUAUUCAUGACAUCGAAAAAUAUUGUGGAACAUGAAGAAAUUAAUUGUGUCCAACCGGCCCGCUCCGAACAGGCAUCUGCAUUCAAAGACCACGUAUUGUUAAACUCGGAGAUGUCAAUCGAGAUUGUGGUUCCUAAAAUAACAGCAUUUAUUCCGGACAAGAAUGUUUUGGAAAUUCUCUACAACAGAAUUAACACUGAUCUUCUUCUGUGGGAGCCAGCUGGGCCAGCAUCCGGGCAGCAGGUGAUACCGCUAAGUGCGGCUCACCUGAUGGGACGGAAUUCGCUUGAUAAUGGUCCAGUCAUGUUUGAAAUGUGCAAGAGCGCAGCUGAUUCAGAUACCGGCUCUGAUAUCGACGAUGAGGAAAACUGGGAUCAUGCGCAACGCAUAAACAAAUUGAAAGCCAGUGGAUUGUCGAAAUAUCGUGCUCAAAUCCCCAGCGAAGUUUGCGUCGUUCUCAACAUUGGUAAUGCCUCCGUGGGAGCGAAAAUUGGGAAACACGGAGAGCGCCGAGCACAUGAAGCUUGGGUGGAAAUUAGUCGAGGAAGUAUUUUCAGUGUUAGUGGCUAUCGGGGACAGCCGGAAAUCCGGUAUUCUUCAGUCAAAGUCCAGCGUCUGGAGUUAUAUUUUGGAGAUUUUGUUGCACCGGAUGUACCGGUGGCGUCUCUUAAGCGACCGGCCCACUUGUUGCCGGUAAUCGAACCGCUGGAUGAUGAAUUGCUCUUGGAUUAUGGAAGCCCCGACACACAGUUGGAUGAUGCGUGCAUGCUUAAUGUUGCAGUGGACAUUCAUGUUGAUACAUUUCGUAAUAUUAAGGAUAUAAAAGUUGCUUUGGAACUGAACGCUCUGCGAAUGCAUUAUAGAGUAACCCUCCCUGAUGAUUUUUGGCUGACACAGUUCAUCGAAUAUUUGAAUUUACGAGAUUUUCCUGUGAUGGGAUACAAUAGUCCAACCAUAAUUACGGAAUUUCAUCUGUCAAUAGGCAGUUCAGCUGCGGAAUACCGCCCAAAGUACAUGCCUUCCCCACUGGCCGCACUUGUAGCUGUGAACAAGUUGAACCUUUCCAGUACGUUGGUUGCGGAAAGCCCGCAGACCCUUCUUCGAGUAAUAGCUCAGGAUCUGCGAUUACAUCUUAGUAAACGGAAACAACCUGCUAAAUUGAAAGAAGGCAAGACUUUUUUGCGCAACAUAAUAAAAAAUUGUCUUUUUCUGAGCACGUGUUUUACAGAUUAUGUCUGCGUUUUGGAUAUUCCAUUCAUGGAGUUUCAGGUUAAAAUUGCAGAAGGAAGUCCAGAUUUUCCGCGCUUUGACUUUCGGGCUUCUAAUGAUUGCUGCUACCUGCGGACCUGUUCUGAUUCCUGCUUGGAAUUGUGCAACUUGCUGAAAUACUUGGCUGAAUAUCGAGAUCUUAAUAUUGCGCCCGCAGCACCAAAGAUCGAUGCAUUCCCGCGAACAGUCUCUCUGGAGGCUAAAUAUAGUCAGGAUGAAAAUGUUUUUGAUGAAAUGAUGGAUGCCAUGAAAGAAAGUCCGCCACGAAGAGAUUCUUUGGCCAAACAUGAUUAUCCAAUGCACACCCCUUUGCAUGUGGCAAAUAAUGCCCAUUUCCCGAUGGCAGCCACAAUCUCGUCAUCACUUAAGACAUCGAUGUCGGACGCAAAUCCGAUUGAUGAUGAUGAUUUUUGUAUUAUUGAUGAAGAUUUGGGUGUUGGAAUAGCACCAAAGAGUGGGGAACCGGGCGUAAAACUUCUCACGAUGGAGCCUAUCCGAAUAGUGGAAAAUCAUUUUGCCGUUCCGCUGGCCGUUACGGAUCAACUCAAAGCACCAGAUGGCUAUCCAUUGCCGAUAGUGCGGGUGACGUUAAAGGAAAUGUCCUUUGUUUGGUGCCUGUACGGAGGGAAGGAUUUCGAUGAUAAGGUGGUUUAUCCUCGCCGACUGAGUUCCCACAAUCGACUACAUAGUGCUCCAGCGAAUCUAGGGAAGACACGAUCUAGCAGUAGAUCAGACAAAACCGAUGCCGGCCAUUCUCCAUCAUGGUUGCUGAAAGGCGGAGCCGGUCGUGAUCAUUCCGUUCUAAUGGAAAUUCAUCUCAACAAGGUGAAAUUCCAGCAUGAACAGUAUCCCUUUGACGGAAAAACUGUGAAAGCGGCCCGUCAAGUUUUAUUCAUUCAGGAUUUUGAGAUUCGAGACAGAUUGGCAUCAUCGGAAAUCAACAAAUUUUUAUACCAAUACGUUGCUGCGUCUAUGCCCAAACAGAGCUAUGCUAGCAUGUUUUCAAUACGAGCAUUACACGAGCGACCUGAUCCGGCUUUACCGAUGCAAGAAUGCACACUGAAAAUUUCCCUUCAGCCGCUUCGGUUAAAUAUAGAUCAAGAAUCUAUGUUUUUCUUGGGCGAUUUCUUUGCUGCGCUUUCUGACACGGGGGCAGUUCCACCAAAAACGAUUACUGAUGAAGAAGACUUCUCUGAACGGUCGUCGCCCCAUUCGGCAGUAUCACAGUCUCCCAAAGAUCAGAUUCCCAUACGAACCACACGACUGGGAUCACUAGAAGAGGAAGAGAUGUUCGCUCAGGAUCCCCUUAUUCGAUUCGACGAUGCUCCGAAGAAGGCUGCUGCUGAUGCAAAGUUGGAUGAUUUAUUGGCUAUACCACCACCCAUUCUAGCCGAUCCUGACUCUGAAAUAUUUUUCAAGUCAAUAACUUUUUCGCCGGAUGUGCCUAUUAUGCUGGACUAUCACGGAAAGCACGUAGAUGUGGAACGGGUGGGUGCCCUGGGAGGAUUAUUAAUUGGUUUGGCUCAACUCAACUGCACUAUGCUCAGACUCAAAGCCCUACAUAAUCGACAAGGAAUUCGUGGAUUGGAUCGGAUGCUUUUGGCCUUGUUGAACGACUGGUUAGAUGACGUUCGGAAAACGCAGCUAGCAAAUCUUCUAGCUGGCGUCGGGCCCAUGCACUGUUUUGUGCAACUUGUUCAAGGAAUUCGUGAUUUGUUUUGGCUUCCGGUGGAGCAAUACAGAAAGGAUGGACGUAUCGUACGGGGUGUACAGCGCGGUGCAAGUGCCUUUACCACGUCGACAUUAAUUGCUGCAUUAGAGCUAACCAAUCGCAUUAUUCAAACGGUUCAAGUUGCAGCAGAAUCGGCGUAUGAUGUGAUAUCGCCAGGACCAAGCUUCAAGCGGAAACGACGGAAGUCUAAUGUGAUAUAUCCAAAAAGUCAGCCUGGGGAUCUGCGGGAAGGUGUUGUUACUGCCUACCGAGUUCUGCGAGAGGGCUUUACUGAUACAGCGCAGGAAAUCGUUGAUGCUGUGAGCGAAGAGCGCGAGCACAAGGGAAUGACCGGCGCCGUGGGCGGGGCCUUGCGACAAAUCCCUCCGGCUAUCGUGAAGCCUCUCAUUCUUGCCAGUCAGGCGACUUCCAAUGUUCUGGGUGGAUUACGCAACCAGUUACAACCGGAUAUUAGGCAAGACGAGUUGGAGAAAUGGCGCACGGAUGACGACGUACGGUCCGCGCCUAAAUCACGCAGUAGUGACCGGUGACGGAGGAAAUGAUUGAGGGGUUAUUAAGAACUUAAGAAGUAGUCUCCAACCAUUGUGAAACACUUUCACUGCAGAUCCGUAAGCAGUGUGGCCUACUGAUAUGUUUUAAGCAAAUGAUUUUACCAUUGCUUUUGCUCAUUUCGUGUCUUAUAUUUUGAAUUCUUAUCUGGAGAGUUGUGACGUCACUAAUUGUGAUUGUUUAAGUUGAGAGAUGGUGUAAAUUUCGUUACCCGUAGUUGUAAUAAAUGUCUAGAGAAAUCAGAGUCGCUAACGAAGUCGUU